AUGAGAACAGGAAGAGGAUCUGGUAUGCAAACUGGUCUCUCUGGGCUUCAAUACUCCACUGUGCAACUGGCUGCUGGACUUCCUCACCGACAGAACUCAGUCUGUCCAUGUUUAACACCAACCACAUCAUGAAAUAUGCAGACGACACAACAAUUGUGGGAUUAAUUAAGGACAACAAUGAGGUGAACCACAGAAAAGAGCUACAACAUCUUGUGGACUGGUGCAGAAUAAACAACCUGCUCCUGAACAUCGACAAGACAAAAGAGAUCAUUGUCGACUUCAGGAGGUCUCGACCGAACCACACACCUCUUCUCAUUAACAACAAAGCAGUGGAGAUCGUCAGCAACACUAAGUUCCUGGGGGUUCACAUUACAGACAACCUCUACUGGACAACUCACAUCACUUCACUGGUGAAAAAGGCACAGCAGCGCCUGCACUUUCUGAGACGAAUGAGAAGGGCUUCUCUCCCGUCUCUCAUCCUCUCCACCUUCUACAGAGGAACCAUUGAGAUCCUGCUGACCAGCAGUAUCUCCAUCUGGUCUGGGAGCUGCAAGGCUUCAGACUGGAAGUCUCUGCAAAGAGUGGUGAAGACAGCGGAGAGGAUCAUUGGGACUCCACUCCCCCCUAUCCAGAGCAUUGCACACAGACACUGCAUAGCCAGAGCAAACCAGAUCCUCUCUGACUCCACCCUUCCCCUCCAUGGCCUGUUCAUCCUGUUGGCAUCUGGCAGGAGAUUCCGCAGCAUCCGCUGAAGAACAGCCAGACUUAGAAACAGCUAUCUCCCACUGGCCCAUUGCUCAACAAUCCCAUCACUAAACCUGUCUGAGACUCCUUGAAAAUACUAAGUUAUAUACACUGCUCAAAAAAUAAAGGGAACACUUAAACAACACAAUAUAACUCCAAGUAAAUCAAACUUCUGUGAAAUCAAACUGUCCACUUAGGAAGCAAAACUGAUUGACAACGGAAACCCUAGUCGGGUCAAUCAGUGUUGCUUCCUAAGUGGACAGUUUGAUU